AUGGCACCUCUCACACUUUUAUCUUCGCAUGAGCGGACCCGAGUGGAAGAUUAUUUAAAUGACAAGAUUCAGGUUUCUGCCGAUCUUGAGAGCCUGGAUUCACUGCUAUCCAGCCUUCGUGCGCAACAGGAGCUUCAGCGGAAACAGCUAGCUGAAGCCGGGGAAGCACUCUCGAAUGCGACAAAAGCCUCUAAUGAUCACGCCGAAGCCACUCGAAGGCAAGCGGAGGCUUUCACCGCGGAGCAAGAUGACAUCGACCGACGACUGAAAGCCAUCACGCAAUCUGAAACCAGUGAUCAAGCGGCUAAGAGCCUUGAAAAUAGUAUGGAGAAGCUUCAGCGGCUUGAAAUAUCCAAGGGAUAUGUGGAGCUGCUCAACCAAGCUGAAGAAUUGAGCAAAAAAGCACUGAAAAUCAUUGCUUCCGAACCGCGCGCCGCUAUAAAGCCGUAUUCUCAGCUACGAAACAUCGUCGGGUUGCUCAAAAAUGCCCAACCCGCCGCCGAGGGAGCAGCUCCUCAUCUUAUUAACUAUACGGACAAACUGGCUUCAGCGCUGAGACAGGAGAUGAAGAAAUAUUUUGGGGAUCGGCUUCAGAGGACAUUGGAGGAGUUGAAGUGGCCGUCACGAGAAUUGAACGUCACUGAUCAGGUUUUGGCUCGGUGGAAACAAGAUGUCGAGUUGUUGCUUGACCUGCAAACACCUGAACUCCAGAAUCGCGAUUCGCUCGCACCCGGCGUAAGCCUUCAACCGCCAGUCUUGUUCCCACUAGAGGUCAUGGUGCAUCAUUUGGAUCUACGGUUCCAAUAUCACUUCAGUGGAGACAAACCGACAAAUCGGCUUGACAAGCCUGAAUAUUUCCUGUCGCAUAUAAUGGACCUCAUCAACCAACACAGCGGGUUUUUCAUGUCUUAUCUGCAGCCCAUCUUCGAUGAAAGGGCCAAGGUGAUUGGACCUAGCCUGGAAUGGAACUUUUACAAUGCAUCACAUAGUUUCAUUACUGCAUUACUUCCUAUGUUGACUCAAAAGAUCAACGUGUUUCUUCCUCAAAUCUCAAAUUACCCCCAAUUGCUCAGCCAUUUCAUCCAUGAACUGAUGAAUUUUGACAAUGAAAUUCGAGACACCUGGAACUAUAUGCCAGAUCCAUAUGCGCAGGAUAAUUGGAAGGGCAUGACUUGGGACGUGUUAACCAAACAAGGUUGGUAUGACCGAUGGCUUCAAGUCGAAAAGGACUUUGCAUUGGCGCGAUACAAAGAUAUUAUCGACACUACAAACAGCGGAGAAAUCGAUUACGACGGCAUGGAGCCUACUGCAACGAAGCCAACCAAGGCUGCAAUUCGUGUUAAUGAUCUUCUCGAAACGAUCACAGAGCGCUAUCAGCCCCUGUCGUCCUUCAGCCAGAAGCUGCGCUUUCUCAUUGAUAUCCAAAUUACAAUCUUCGAUCAAUUUCACGAGCGUCUUCAUUCUGCACUAGAGGCCUACCUCGCCAGGACAUCGACGCUCGGUCGUACUGUGCAGGGAGCCGACGGACAAGCCAGUGUGGAAGGUGUUGCCGGGCUGGAACGGCUUUGUAGGGUCUUCGGCAGCGCCGAAUAUCUCGAGAAGAAAAUGGAGGAUUGGAGCAACGAUGUGUUUUUCGUCGAGCUUUGGUCCGAGCUUCAAGAUCGCGUGCGACAGAACCAAGACGGUGGGCGAAACGUGGCUGGAACGAUGUCUGUCGCGGAGGUAGCAUCGCGUACCUCCCCCGCUGUGGCCAACAAUGGCACCCACACCGAGACCUCGUCUGAUGGUGCCCUCUUUGACGAGACAGCAUCCGCGUACCGUCGUCUCCGUCUCCGCUCGGAAUCCAUCAUUACAUCCACCCUGUCCUCCAACAUUCUUACAGCCUUGAAGUCGUAUUCUCGGGUGUCCACUUGGGCAACGUUAGCAACUCCCUCCACCGCAGCCACCGCAGCUCCACUCUCGCCUACUUCAGAUCUCGCCCAUGCAAUGCGUGUUUUGUCCAUGCAGCUGUCUUUCCUCUCUCGCGCACUUGGAACCGCCCCCAUGCGACGAGUUUCACGGCAGCUUUUAUUGUCCAUCCAGUCCUAUAUAUGGGAUAGCGUGUUGACAAAACACACCUUCUCUGCUAAUGGAGCGGCUCAGAUUGCCAGUGAUGUCGAUCAUCUCUGCAGCGUGGUAGAUUCUGCCCUCGGGGCCUCAAGCUAUACGGGAUCCUCAAUGCAAAUAAUCAAAAAACUCAGCGAGGGCUUGCGUAUUCUUUGUUUGAGUGCGACCGAGGAAGGAGAUGUCUCUUCUCAGAACGAUGGAACUCUAAGGUUGAUGGAUGUGGAAAACAGGCUGUUCAGAGAUAAUGAGAGCGCACGAGGUGUGUUGGCAGAACUGGAGAUUGAGACAUUGUCAGAGGCUGAGGCUCGAUCUGUUCUGGAACGGAGAGUUGAGAUCGGGAAUUUAUAG